AAAUGUCUAUAUAAAAUGAGAAUAUAAAGAGCAUGAAAGCUUGUCCAGAGAUUAAAAAGAAAAGAGAGACAGAGAGAGAGCAGAAGAUAGAAGAGAGAGAAUCUGAAGAAAAACACAUUUCAACAAACAAAAAGGAACAGUUAGCGUUUGUGAACGCGGAUUUAUGUCGGCUGGAUUUGAAUCAAAAGCUGUGAUUUUGUCUUUGAUUAACAACAUCAUCUCUUGUCCGAUCUCAUCAUCAUCUUGUUCGAAACUUGGUCUACCUGUUACUUCAAACGCUCUUCACUUCUGCUCUAAGCAGAGGCUUGUUCUCGAGACUCCGUCUCUUUCCAUGCGCUUAAGACCCAAAAGGACUUGUUCUGGCGUUGAAGUGUUUGGGGGUUUUCAUAUAAAACAGCAAAAGUUUUCUUUUUUCAUAGUUCGCUGAGAUUUUCAGACAAAACCCAUUUUGAUCCGAAGAGUGUUGAUACAAAGUUUUGAUUUUUUUUUUUUAAUAAUUUUUCUGGGUAUUUUUGAGGAAUUGGGUUUUUUUUUUGUGACGUCAGCAAUGGUAGAGAUAAGGAAACAACAGUCUUUGGUUGAUACGAAGAAACAAAAGAGAAGCAACUCUUUGUUAUCUUUAUCAACCCAUCCUCAAGAUACCCACCAACCUUUGAGAAAAGUUAGGAUCAUCGUCAACGAUCCUUACGCAACUGAUGAUUCCUCUAGCGACGAGGAAGAUGCUACUAAGAACCCUCGUCAAGUGAAACGCAUCGUCCGUGAAGUCGACUUUCCACCUCUGGAACCUCGUGUUGAGCCGCCUUCAGUGUCUUCUUCACAAGACAGCACCAAAACCACCAGCAAGAAGGUAGUAUCAGUAUCAGUACCAGCUGCUCUUCGUCCCAAGAAGCGUGUUGGUGUUAGGCAGAGGAAGUGGGGGAAGUGGGCUGCUGAGAUUAGACAUCCCAUCACUAAAACCAGGACUUGGUUGGGUACUUUCGACACCGAAGAAGCAGCUUAUCAGGCUUAUCAAGACAAGAGGAAAGAGUACGAUGCACUUGUCGGCAUCACUAAUGAUGACUCUGUCUCUGAGACUAGUCAGUGCUCUCGCUCUUCUCCUCUUGAGCAAGACACUUCUGCUUCGGUUCUCACUUCUGUCAAGCCUAACGAAGAAGAGAUCAAGAUCGCUACUUCAAAUAAUGUUGAUUCGAGCAGCAAGGAAGUGCUGUUCGAUUUCAACUUUGCUGAUCUACCGAUCCCUGAUUUUGGUUUCUUCGAGGAACCAAUGGCUGCUGGUGUGAACGAGCAUGAUCUGGACUUUGAUUGUUUCUUCACUGAUGAUCAGCUUGUUGAUGACUUUGGUCUGCUCGAUGACAUUAACGGAUUUGGGGACAACGGUCCUAACGCGUUGCCCGACUUCGACUUUGCAGAUCUUGGGCUCGACCUAGCUGGUUCUGGUUUCCUAGGCGAUCAAAACGCUCCUCAACACAUCACUUGCACCAUGAAAAGUUUUGCAACUUGAGUUUUUAAUGUGAGAAAGAGUUAUAUUUUUGUUUAAUUAUUAAUGUUUUUUUUUUAGUAUUUGAGACAUACAUAAUGUGUGUUCCGGAGAGAAGUAAGAUCUUAAGACAUAAGUAGCCGGGUUUUGUAUUAAUGAGUUUAUUUUUUAUUUAGUUUUGUGUCUUAUAAUUAAAGAUGAAUCAAAAACAGUUUUGCAUUUCU